CAUAUAUAUAGUAAAAUAUAGUAUUAAUGUUUAUUUGUGAGCGAACGGCGAAAAUGAAGGUCUUAAUUAUUAUUGGUUUUAUGUUUGUCUGUGUAAUUGCACAAGACCCUGAGAAAAAUGAAAAUGUACCAGGAAUGGUGAAGCCUCUUGAAGAUGUUAAAGAUAAAAUAAAUGAAAUUAAAGAUGAUAUUCAAGACAAAAGCAUAGAGAGGCCUUGUGAAACACUAGACAUGAAUUGCAUACGGCGUUACUUGGCUGAUCAUUCCUAUUGUAAAAUGACCUAUGGCCGGGUCCCCGACCCCAUUUACAGGGUGCAGGCCACCCAGCACCUAACGAGAGUGAAUUUAACUAUAACAUCAACAAAUUUAACAUAUAAAGGAUUGAAUGGAAGGAUUGAAGAAUUCUAUAUUAACAGGGUCACCGAUCAAGUUGUGUUGGCAGUGGAGUUCAGAAAUGUAGAAUUCUUUACCAAAAAUGCGUUCUUCUUUUUCUACCGCCGAGCAAAGGAGCCUGUUAUAACUAAAGAUUUCUUGAAAAUAAUGUUUAAUUCCGUGGUUGUUACUUCAACCAUACCGGGAGUGCAUCAUCUUAGGUUCGACAGAAGCGAAAAUUUUGGCUUUUCGAAUGAUAUUACAUAUAAAUUUGUUGUGGGGCCGAACGCAUUUAAGCACAGAGAUCCUGUUGUUUUGAACACAUUCCUGCAAAUAGCUGCGAAUCUGCCGGUGAACGCAAGGGAGCUCCUGCACACAGAGGCACAGUAUUACUUGACCAACUUCGUCCAAUACUCCUUAUGUGAUUUCGGCCUCAACGUUAUAUGAGACUGACAAUCUUUCAAUUUGAAUAAAGACGUAUUUUGAAA